CUUCUUCCUCGCGGAAUAUUAUCCUUAAAAGUUUUACAAGAGCUCCCAAUAAUAGUCGUCCUAAUGUACCAAAUAUAUAAAAACGCUGUACAUCAAGAAGUUGCAGAAUUUAUUCCUUUAAUUUUGACAACCAUAAAUUUGCAACCCACGAUAACACAAAGAAACUUGCCACAAAAAGACAUUUUUGUGGAUUUCAUGGGCGCACAAAUUAAAACACUGUCGUUUUUGGCGUACAUUGUUCGAAUAUUUCAGCUUCGAAAAUGUUACAAAUUUAAAUUGAUUAAUUAGCAAUUCCAUUGGAGCCUUCCUUGUGGGGAGCAUCAUAAUGUUUGAAACGUAAAAACGGAAACCACUUUAACCCAAGACUGCCUUGGGUUUUAAAUGACAAAAAAGGGGAAAAUAUGGAUAACGUUGCUUCUUAUAUAUUGCCUACUUAAGUACCUUAAACAAAAAAUUGAACAAAAUUUAGCAUCACAGCAUAAUUUGAAGAAUAUACAUCAAGUUUUAUACAGUGCA